GAGUGGGUACGCUGCAGUUUUCAGUCAGUGUCACACACACACACAGACGCACACACCGGCUAAGAGCGAGAAACACACCGCAUGUGAUGGCUGGCUCAUUUUUGGAAAGUGCUGAUCGUUUUCACGCGGAGGACCCUUCACGCGCCUUUUAACUUCCUCUGUUGAGCUCUCGGACUUAAAAAAAAAAAAAAAAAACGUUAAUCAGGUUGCAUUUUUAUGGUAAAACUGCUGAGUUCUACUCAUGAAUGAGUUUGCGAGUAAUUCAUUCAUUUUUUAAACUAAUCAAAGAAGAAGAAACAUGGAUGGGGUUAUUUUGUAUUUUUUCUUAAUAUUUAUUAUAGAGACUCGUGCAUUUCGUUAUGGCAUCGCCAACAAUCUCCAAUCCUAUAUGCCCAAUGUGUGCCUGGAGAGGGAGGUGACGCUGGUUGCCCAGAGGCAGCCCUGUGUGCAGGCCUUCACACGCAUGGUUAAAGUGUGGAAGCAAGGCUGUGUGGGACAGUCAUGGUGCAUGGGAUACGAGAGGAGGACGGCGUACUACACUGCAUACAGACAAGUGUACCGGCAGGAUUAUCAGACUGUGUACAAGUGUUGCCCAGGAUGGUCUCAACUUAAUGGAGAAGCAGGCUGUCUGUAUCCGGUGUGUAGCUACGGCGUGUGCUUCAAUGGGGGUCAGUGCCGAGCAGGAUCCACCCAACUUUGUGACUGUCCUCCAGGGUUCAACGGACCCAGUUGCCAGUAUGAUGUUAAUGAAUGUGAGGAGACCAACGGAGGCUGUGAGGCUCUCUGCUGCAACACCAUCGGAAGUUUCUACUGUAGAUGUCCUCCUGGACAGAAACUGAAUGAAGACGGCAAAACCUGUCAAGAUAUCGACGAGUGCCAGGUCCACAAUGGAGGCUGCCAGCACAGAUGCAUUAACACCAGGGGCUCCUACUACUGUGAAUGCCACCCGGGCUCUCGCUUGCACGUGGACGGCCGCACCUGCCUCGCUGUUCAUUCAUGCGCCAUCAGCAAUGGAGGAUGUGAGCACUACUGUGUGCAGCAGUCUGCCGCUCAUUUCCGCUGUCGCUGCAAGCCAAAUUACAUACUGGCAGAGGAUGGCAAGCACUGCAUACUGCAUAAUCCCUGUGCAGAACAGAAUGGAGGCUGCAUGCACGAAUGUCGGGCCGAUGGUGGGAGAGCUCACUGUGACUGUAAAUCUGGUUUUAUCCUGGCUGAAGAUGGGAAAACCUGUGACGAUAUCGAUGAGUGUGAGACAGAAGAGGCCAACUGUGCUCACGGCUGCCACAACACGGUGGGCUCUUACGCCUGUGUGUGCAGCACUGCCUAUGAGCUGGGAUCUGAUGGAAAACAGUGUUACAAAAUCGAGAUGGAGAUCGUGAACAGCUGCGAGAACAACAACGGAGGCUGUUCGCACCACUGCCAGCACUCAACUGGCGGGCCUGUUUGUUCCUGUAACCAGGGUUACAGACUGGAGGAUGACCUCAAAACUUGUGCUGAUGUCGAUGAGUGUGGAGAGCAACGCUCCUGCUGUGAGCAGGACUGCACCAACUACCCCGGGGGUUACGAGUGUUACUGCUCAGCAGGAUACAGACUCAACUCAGAUGGAUGCAGCUGUGAUGAUGUAGACGAGUGUCUGGCUGCUAAUGGUGGCUGUGAUCACACAUGCCAGAACAGUGCGGGCUCCUUUCAGUGUUUCUGCCGCCGGGGUUUCCGUCUGGACGAGGACCGGCAGUCCUGCAUCCCUCUGGAAGAUGCAGUUGAGGCUCUGUCCAGCGGAGCUGCCAUUGAGUUGCCUCUUAUUCGACCUGUCCUCACCUUGAUGGAAGACUACAACCAACCUCUGGAGCGCUAUGAUGACUAUGAAGACGACGAGGGGGAGCUGAGGGCUGAGAGUAACCUGGCUGAGAAGUUUGUGUGUUUGGACGACACUUUCGGCAGUGACUGCAGUUUGACAUGUGACGACUGUUCUAAUGGAGGAAAAUGUAGUCUGUGGAAAAACGGCUGCGACUGCCCUGACGGAUGGACAGGCAUCAUCUGCAACCAGACAUGCCUCGAAGGAUAUUUUGGUAAAAACUGCUCCUUCCCCUGUAAGUGUAAAAAUGGUGCCAGCUGUGAUCCGGUCACUGGGAGCUGCCGCUGUCCGCCUGGGGUCAGUGGCGACUUGUGCCAGGAUGGCUGUCCUAAGGGCUUCUAUGGGAAGCAGUGCAAUAAGAAGUGUAAUUGUGCCAAUAACGGGCGCUGCCACCGAACCUACGGAGCCUGUCUGUGUGAUCCUGGACUCUACGGACGCUUCUGCCACCUCCCUUGUCCUAAGUGGACCUUCGGUCCCGGCUGCUCAAACGAGUGUCAGUGCGUCCAGCAGAACACUCUGGAGUGCCACCGUCGCCAUGGCACCUGUGUCUGUAAACCUGGUUACCAGGGCAACACCUGCAAGGAAGAAUGCAGCCCAGGUACCUACGGAGCCGGCUGUGAGAAGAAAUGCUCCUGUCCAGCAGGAGUGUCAUGUGAUCAUGUGACUGGACAGUGCCAACGAAAAUGUCCUCCCGGUCGUCAUGGAGAGAAUUGUGAUCAGGACUGUCCAGAGGGAAGGUUUGGAACAGGCUGCAUACAUCCUUGUAACUGCACCGGAGCCCCAUGUGACAGAGUGACGGGACAAUGCAAGUGUCCAGCGGGGACAUCAGGAAUGCACUGUGAGAGCUUGUGUCCAGAGGGUUUCUGGGGUCCAGGCUGCGCAGAAACCUGCCCAGUUUGUGAGAACGGAGGUGUGUGUGACAAACACAACGGGUCAUGUAACUGCCCUUCAGGGUUCAUGGGCAAACUCUGCCAGAACUCGUGCCCGAGUGGACGUUUCGGUCAGGGAUGCCAGAUGAGGUGUGUAUGCGAGAACAAUGCUCGCUGUGAUCCGGUGAGUGGGCGGUGUACCUGCGCUCCUGGCUGGACUGGACACAACUGCAGGAAAGCCUGUGAUGCGGGGCACUGGGGAGCAGACUGUGAUGAAACAUGUGACUGUAGAAACGGAGACGGCAGCUGUGACGCUUUGACUGGCCAGUGCAACUGUGAGGCUGGUUACACUGGAACACAGUGCCAUCAGAAGUGCCCAUCUGGUAUGUUUGGUCUCGGUUGUCGCCAUCGUUGUCAAUGUGAUAACAAGGCGUUGUGUGACCAUGUGAGUGGAGCUUGUACCUGCCAGGUGGGAUGGACUGGAACCUUUUGUGAAAAGCCAUGUCCUCAGGGCUUUUAUGGACUGGACUGCCAGGAGAAAUGUUUGUGUCUAAAUGGCGGGAGCUGUGACCACGUCAGCGGAGUUUGUUCCUGUCCUGCUGGUUGGAUUGGUCCGUUCUGCAACCUGACUUGCCCAACUGGUUUCUAUGGGGAAGGAUGUAACCAAACCUGUAGCUGCCGUAACGAUGGCAUCUGCCACCCGGCCAGUGGGCAGUGUGUGUGCACGCCUGGCUGGACCGGAUCCAACUGCACAGAAGAAUGCCCUGCAGGAUUUUAUGGAGCAGACUGUCGGCAGCGAUGCUUGUGUCAGAACGGAGCCACCUGUAACAAGACCAACGGAAAAUGUGCAUGUGCCAGUGGAUGGAUGGGCACUGCCUGUGAACUGGAAUGUGUGGCGGGUCGGUUCGGGACAGACUGCCAGCAGCAGUGUGAAUGUGAGAAUGGCGGCCAGUGUGACAGACAGACUGGACGGUGCAGCUGCAGCGCUGGCUGGAUCGGAGAGCGCUGUGAGAAAGCGUGUGAACCAGGUCGGUUUGGUGCCGGCUGUGAGGAGAGAUGUCAGUGUGUGCACGGGGCGUCAUGUCACCACGUCAUGGGCGAGUGUCAGUGUCCACCAGGGUGGAGAGGAAAACUCUGCGACAAAGCAUGUUUGCCGGGUACGUAUGGAAAGGGUUGCAUGCAGCGUUGCAGCUGUGCUCAGGGCACGUCCUGCCACCACGUCUCUGGAGACUGUGGCUGUCCUCCUGGAUUCACAGGAAACGGCUGUGAGCAGACCUGUCUUCCAGGAACAUUUGGACAGAACUGUAACCGGGUUUGCCAGUGCUCUGAGACAAACCAGCUCUGCCACCCAGUGUCUGGAACAUGUUACUGCGCUCCAGGUUUCCAUGGCUCCAAAUGUGACAGGAUUUGUGCAGACGAUCGUUAUGGUCCAAAUUGUGACAGCGAGUGCCAGUGUGAAAACGGAGGGAGGUGCGUUCCUUCCACUGGAGCCUGUGAAUGUCCGGCAGGAUUUAUAGGAGCACGCUGCAACAUUACAUGUCCAGCCGGGCAUUACGGGGUCGACUGUGCUCGGGUGGCACUGUGUGGGGACGGAGCCCAGAACGACCCAGUCACCGGUCGCUGUGAGUGCAUUCCUGGACGCAGAGGAGAAGACUGCGCACAGGGCUGCCCUUCAGGCUGGUUUGGGACGGCCUGUAUCCAGCGCUGUAACUGCAGUAAUGGUGGCGUGUGUGACUCUGUGACUGGUAACUGCACCUGCGGUCUGGGUUGGACUGGUACAUACUGCGAUAAAGAAUGUCCUGCAGGCAGAUUUGGUGCAAACUGCCAACUGAAAUGCAGCUGUCAAAAUAACGGCACUUGUGACAGAGUGAUGGGGACGUGUCAGUGUAGUCCAGGCUACUACGGACAUCUGUGUGAACACGCGUGUCCUCCUGGUCUCCAUGGCCCGCUGUGCCAGCUGCAGUGUGACUGCAUGAACGGAGCCUCCUGUCAUCCAGCAUCGGGUCGCUGUAUCUGUCCUUCAGGAUACCACGGAGUUCGCUGUCACAGAGUGUGUGAGCAGGGUACCUAUGGCCAUGGUUGUGCCAAGCUGUGUGACUGUGAGGAGGACGCUCCCUGUGAUCCUGAGACGGGAAGAUGCCUCUGUCCUUCAGGGAAGACGGGACUCAGAUGUGACAUUGAUUGCAGAGCAAAUCGUUACGGGCCAGACUGUGUGGAGACAUGUGAGUGUGACAAUGGGUCGCAGUGCGACCGACGCAACGGCCGCUGUACCUGCCUGCACAGCUGGAUCGGACUCUCCUGUCAAGAAGGUGGACCUCCACGCCUCACCUACAGCAGCAGAGGAGACAAGCAGCACGACAACUCGUUAUAGCACCAACAUCCAACUGGAAGCAUCCAACCACCUGGGAAAGAUCCACCACUUUUACUGAAGAGACUCGAGUGGAUGAACUCCUGCGACAGGACGUUGUAGCAGGCAGCUGCAGGACCUUAAUGGAAACAAAGACUCUCUGAUGAGAACUGCAGUUUCAUGUUUGGAGUGAGCUGGACCACACUGUUUUUUUAUGAAUACCAAAGUGUCCUUCGAACUGUCCGAGCCACAGUGGUCCUUUUGUUGCAGUCGGAGUGGAGCGACAAACGUUUUAAUCUUUAAGAUUAAAAUCAUCCUCAGAGUGCAGUGUCAGGAGAUCGUGGUCGAAUUUACUGCACUUUCUGUAUUUUUUGUUUAAUAUUUGUCCUUGAAAUACCUUUUGCAGGUACUGUGUAUAAAAUAAAAUGUAACUCUGUUAGGAAACUGCUGGAAAUGAUGCAACCUCUGCCGCUGAGGCCAUUUUUGAAACUACAUUUCAUUACUUGCCAGUACUAUGAAGUUUUUCAAUCUGCACAAUAUGAAGUAUUGUUUCAGUCCAAUGGUGCUUUACUGUGCAGUACAACAAUGACUUUUAUAAUCUUCAGACUUUUAUAGUUUAAUAUCAAGGUAAAGCACAUUACUGUUGACUAAUUAUGUAUUAGGACAGCUGGAAUUUUACAGUUCCAUAUGAGUCAUAUUUGUUUGCACCUUCUUUAAGGUUAAGAGUUAAAAUAUUUUUUGGGGAUUUUGUGUAUAAAUUGCUUCAUAUUUAUAUUUCACACCGUUGUAUACAAUCAAAUAUAGUGCAAGUUUAAAAUGCAUCCUUUGUUUGACCAAAUCCACAGUCCAGUAAACAACCCAGAAUGAUAUUUUACACAUGAAUGCCAAUAAAGACAGACACGUAUAAGUUUUUUCUUUUUACCAUUCUUAUUUUAUCAUUGUUUCAUUUUCAUUGAAGAUCAAAGCUGUACAUCCUGUCUAAAGUCAGAUUCAAGCACAGUGCAGAUAGCAACGCCUGCAAAAAAAAAUUAAAAAAACAAAAAGAGAAAAGGCAGAGGUGAUCACAACCAGAAAUAUAUACAAAGGUCAAACUAUGUACAGGAGAUACCAGGCUCUCACUACAUCAUCUUCAGAGUGAAGUCAGCCCGCCGGUGCUUUCACUUCAGAGCAUUCCUCAUAGUGCAUACACAACACAAAGAAAUUGCUUCUUUUUGUCAGUCUUAAGAUCGAUACAAUACUGAUAGGAAAAAUGCAGCAUGAUGAAAAAAAUAAAAACAGUUCUUUUGAUUCUCUCUACUGCAUUAAAGGCUAAAACAUAAAAAAUAUAUUCUCUGUAUAACCUGGAACCUUCUGUUAAAUAUGCUCUCCCCAGUCUGUGGGUCUGGUUUCACUUCAAUGUGUCAGAACAGCAAACAUGAAGAAACUGGGACCUCUUAAAGCAUGAAUUUCUCUACACAGGUGAGGGCACCAGCUGACAACACUUCAGCCUCAAAACAUUAACCUGUUAUUUCUACAAUGUGCAGAAACCUGUGAACACCGCAAGAUCUUUGUCGGGCAGGUCAGCACGCCGUGAAAUAACACUGAUGGUAAAAACUAAAUGCACAGCGAUACCUUUUAAAGGGUGAGCUUGAUAUUUUGGAAAUGCACUUAUUUGCUUGCACUCAUGAGAGGUAAACAAAAUAAGAAGUGUCCGCCAGCAGCCGGCUAACUUGGCUUAGAAUAAAGACUGAGAACCAGACAAAGGCUGGGACACGCGCCUACGCUAUAGAUACUUGCUGUUAACUACACGUACGCAUGAUUGCUGCCACGCGUCCCCUGCACUGCUUUGGCGCGUCGGCUGUGCGUCCUCAAAAAUUAACACUGUGGAGGAGAGAUGCAGUAUUAAAUAAACAGCAGGGGCAGUGUAGAACUGAAGCUGACAUGCAGAAGCACUCGUGAUGCUUCACAUCAUCAAUCUCUCACACUGGCAGCACGAGAGACGCGUACUCCCCAUUGUCCUGAUUUAUAGAGGCCUUAAAGUACCACCGAUAUCGUCUUUUUUGGCUCGAUCCCUGCAUUAACAUGACAGUAACCUCCUCGAGUGUUGCCAUGUCUGUUGUUUACAUCCCACACAUCUGACAGCAGCAUACAGCCUGAGCUCUGUCGUGCGCCCUCUUGAGGUAUCAUCUAUUAACACGUGUUGCGUAUAGGCAAGUAUAUAUACAAAAAUGCUCAUCACGCAGCCUGAUGUGCACGCAUUUUUUAAAUAGAAAGCAUUUGUUUUUGGUCUUUUGAAGAUUUUAAUAUUUUUUGUAUCUUAAGUUUAGUAAUCGCAGAAUUUUAGUUCUUACUAAUAUCAUCAUUUUUCGUACAAAACAUAUUCUGACCCAGCGUUUACUGUGCAACCCGCGUGGAACGAAUCUGGCUCUACGCACAGUCAACCGACCGGCACCUCUAAUGGCACACCACUGUCACUGCUACCGUCACUGUUGUCUGACAUUACAAACAUUUCACUGGGAACCUCCUGACGCAUCUGUCUGUUCUCAAAACUAUGUUUAAUCAACAAAACCCACAAGACAUGAUGUGGGACAAGACGAAAGACCUGGCGCAAGACACGAGUUCUGUCCUCCAAAAGUGGAUGUAUGCGAGAAGCUAGAGACUCGAGCUGUUUGUGCGUUGAUUUGCAGUCUUUCUCAUUGUCAUGCUGGCUGAUUUCAAGUUAAGUCAAUUUUAUUUAUUUCACACUACAGGAUCGCAGACUUCCAGCUUUUUAUCCUGCUAAACAUCUCUCAGACAUCCGCGAUGCAUCUCUAAGGCCUACGAGCUCGGAAAGAAAGCUUUUAUGUGCUCUGCACCCCUAGCUUGGAAUAGCCUCCAAAAAAAAUCUAAAACUAAGCGAACUGGUCUCUCUGCCAAUUUUGCUGAAUUUGUUGUUAUCAUUAUUAUUAUUAUUAUUAAUUAUUAUUAUUAGUAUUAGUAUUAUUAUUAUUAUUAUUAUUAUAUCCGUAUUUGUCAUUGUGCAUAGGUAUUUUAAUAUUUCCACAUUACUAUGUUUCUCCUAUGUUUUAUUGGGCUUAUCAUUGUUUGCAACUUUUCAUAUGCUGUUUUCUUGGCCAGGUCACAGAUCAUGAUCUCAAUGGGACUUACAUGGUUAAAUAUGGAUUAAAUAAAAAAAUUGCGUCUUCACAAGCGCCAAUUUGCCUCUGAUCUGAGAAAAAAAAACUGUCAGUAGAGAGUCAGGGCUAAAACUGCACAGCGUAAACUCAUUAUAAAUCUCACUACUUAAGAUGUGCCAUCUUCUCUCAGAAAGGGACCCAUUAAGAAUAUUUAUGUUGUAAAGUUUGACAGUCUAUAACAUGUUCAAUUAUUGAGCUUUAGA